GGAAGGAAGUUAGAUCUGAGAGGGCAGAGCUGGUGCGCAGGCAGUAAUGCGGGAAUGACAACCUGGACAUCAGUUCUUAUAUAUGAAUUCGUGUUACGGGUUAAAUGAUCUUAUCCAGCUUGGCGCAGCAUAUGAUAUCGCAUGGUAGCAUUACAGCCGUUCAGAAAAUACAAAUAAGGACACAAAGGUGAAGCACGGGGCACGUAGAAGAGUAGCUUCACAGAAGUGACAGUCACGUGGUGAUAAGGAGUAUAAGUUAUAUUUUAGGGAAGCGCUUCUUUUGCACGCCAGGCUUCCAUCGGAUUAACUCCUGUGGAACGAGUCAUAGGACAAUUGCAUCGACUCUUGUUUUCAGAAUGAUGUGGAGGUUCCUGUUUAUUGCCGCUCUGUGCGGAGGAACAGCAGCCCUGGUCAAGCAAGACCUGGAUCAGCACUGGGAGAUGUGGAAGAGCACGCACAACAAGUCCUACCAGCGCAAGACCGAAGAGCUGAAGCGGAGGCAAACUUGGGAGAAGAACCUCCAGCUGAUCACCCUGCACAACCUGGAGUUCUCCAUGGGGAUGCACACCUAUGAUCUUGCCAUGAACCACCUAGGAGACUUGACCACUAAGGAGAUUUUGUCGACAUUGGCUAUGACUCGCGUUCCCGCGAAUUUCAAAAGUAAACCGUCUGCAUUUGUGGGAUCUUCUGGGGCCGCUGUGCCUGACGCCUUCGACUGGAGGGAGAAAGGCUACGUCACUGAAGUGAAAAUGCAGGGCGCUUGUGGAUCUUGCUGGGCAUUUAGCGCAGUAGGAGCCCUUGAGGGCCAGCUGAUGAAGACUCAAGGGAAGCUGGUCUCCCUGAGCCCUCAGAACCUGGUGGAUUGCUCCUCCAAGUAUGGCAACAAAGGAUGCAAUGGUGGUUUCAUGAAUGAAGCCUUCCAGUAUGUCAUUGAUAACCAAGGCAUAGACUCUGAUGCCUCCUACCCCUAUACUGGCCAUGAUGAUCAGUGUAAGUACAGCCCUGCCGACCGAGCGGCCAACUGCACAAGAUACAGUUUCUUGCCUCAGGGAAAUGAAGAUGCGCUGAAGGAAGCCGUGGCCACCAUUGGACCCAUCGCUGUGGCCAUCGAUGCCACCCGACCAUCAUUCGCAUUCUUCCGUGGCGGUAUUUAUAAUGAUCCUACUUGCACCCAGAAGAUAAACCACGCUGUGCUUGUGGUGGGUUACGGCUCAUUGGACGGAGCAGACUACUGGAUAGUAAAGAACAGCUGGGGGAAAAACUUUGGUGAGCAAGGAUACAUCAAAAUGUCUCGGAACAAUAAGGACCAGUGUGGCAUCGCCCUGUACGGCUGCUAUCCCGUCAUGUAAUACACACAGAAAAGGCUCUUUCCCAGAAGCACGGUCGGAACUGUGAUGAUCGUAAGUUCUCGUGUUUUGAAAGAGCCAAGCCAACUGCUCCACUUCUGUAUUUUCAGUUGCCCAAUGCUGUUUUUUUUUUCAGUUCGGUUUUUCUCUGCCACUCUUGUUCUUACCUUUUAACAUCCCAGGCUUACAGUCUUGGCGCGGUGGUGCAGUGAUUAAUACUGCUGCCUCACACCUCUGGAGUCUCCACUCAGGCUCCAUGCAUGUGGAGUUUGCAUCUUCUGCCCAUGUGGUCGUGGGGUUUCCUUGUGGUUCUCUGGUGCCCCCCCCACAGUCCAAAAACAUGCGGAGGUUAAUUGGAGUUGCUGAAUUGUCUAUAUGUGUGCCCUGGGAUAGAGCAAUGCCCUGUCCUGGGUUAUUCCCUGCUUUGUCUCCAUAGUUAGGCUCUGGACCCCUGCAUGGAGCUUCUGGUCUGUCUGUGCCCUUACUUGUCUGUACUGCUCAGUUUGCAGUGCUCUGUGCAGCUGCCAGUUCUGGAGUGACAGCAUAUAAAAAAUAAUUGCUUAACUGUAAAAGACUGAAUUGAAUUACCUGAAUUUAUGGUCAUCGUAGUGGUCGGGUGCUUUUGGGAAACAUCAACUUUGAUUGUACUGAUCUGAUUAUUUGCACAAUUUUUCAAACUAUGUUGCUAUUAGAAUAUUGCAUACGCUGUGCUCUCAUCUUGAAUUAUUCCUUCAUCCUUAAUUGAUGAUGCUGUGCUCUGAGUGGUGUGAAGUAUAAAAGUAUAAAUUCAUCUUAUGGCUAAAUUGGCAUUUCUGUCCAGUAAACAUGGCCUUAAAAAAGA